ACUCCAACUCAUCCAUAGACAAUCAUAUUAAUACACAAAUAUCACAAUUCACAGCUAAUCAAUCACAUACACAAAAUUCCCGCAUCUUGAUUCAUACACCAUUCUCCUGUACCCGUAUAUAUACGCUGUAUAUCAUCAUACAAGAACAGCAUCAACUCUAAAAUCAUUUUUAAAUUGAUUGAUUGAUCUCAAAGAAUAACAAAAAGCGAUCAGUGAGAAGAUUGAAUGGGAGAUCUCCCAGGAACAACCACAAGGCUUCUCAACAAAGACAAAGCAUUCUCACGCAGCGUAUCCCACGCAUACGACGAAUUGCACAGCUUCAGAACAUGGCUGAAAUGGAUGUUCGUGGAUCAAUCCACGGGGUGGACUACUUUUGUUUCGUGGUUCAUGUACAUCCUCUUCACAAUCGUUGUCCCCUGUCUGUCUUAUUUUGGUCUGGCUUGUUCUGAUUGUGACUCCAGACAUUCCAGACCUUUCGACAAGGUUGUCCAGUUGUCUCUUUCUGCUAUCGCCACUCUUUCCUUCCUCUGUCUCUCUCGCUUCGUUAGUCGUUAUGGCCUUCGCAGAUUUUUGUUUUUCGACAGGCUCUGUGAUGAGAGCGAGACCGUCAGGAAGGGUUACACAGACCAGCUCAAUAGAUCGCUCAAGAUCCUUUUCAUUUUUGUAAUCCCUUGUUUUGCGGCGGAGAGUGCUUAUAAGAUCUGGUGGUACGGGUCUGGAGGAACACAAAUACCUUUCCUAGGGAAUGUGAUUGUUAGUGAUGUUGUAGCAUGCCUCCUUGAGCUUAUGUCGUGGCUCUAUCGAACUGUUGUCUUUUUCUUAGUUUGUGUUCUCUUCCGUCUGAUCUGCUACCUUCAGAUUCUUAGGUUACAUGACUUUGCUCAGAUUUUCCACAUUGACUCUGAUGUCGAGACUGUGCUGCGUGAGCACUUGAGAAUUCGAAGGCAUCUACGCAUUAUAAGUCAUAGGUACCGAGCCUUCAUAUUGUUUGCCCUCUUUGGCAUAACAGUUAGUCAGUUCGCCUCCCUUCUCAUGACAACACGCUCCUCUGCAGAUCUCGAGAUCUUCAAGUCUGGGGAACUUGCGCUGUGCUCUAUGAGCCUCCUUGCAGGGUUAAUGAUAAUACUGAGGAGCGCGACAAGAAUAACCCACAAAGCUCAAGCAGUAACGAGCCUCGCAGCCAAGUGGCAUGUGUGUGCCACAAUUGACUCGUUUGAUUCAGUAGAAGCUGAUGCAACUCCACUUGCACAAGUUGGACAAUACGCAUCAUUCCCGGGUGUGACAUCAAAUGACACUUUAUCGGAUAUGGAAGAUGUUGGAGAUGAGGAAGAUGAGCUGGAUAAUACUAAGCUUCUCCCUGCUUAUGCUUAUAGCACCAUAUCUUUCCAAAAAAGACAAGCAUUAGUGACAUAUUUCGAGAACAACAGAGCUGGUAUAACAGUGUUUGGUUGGAUGCUGGAUAGGACGACCCUUCAUACCAUAUUUGGUUUUGAGUUGUCGCUAGUUUUAUGGUUGCUCGGGAAGACUGUUGGUAUAUCUUGAGAAAAGUGCCUGUUCGAGAUUUGAUUUGGAAGAUAACUGAUUAUCUGCUUGCUUCCUACAUAUUUCUGGAUGAGGCGUAUAUGGAACACUUGAUUGAGACAAGCCAGAGAAAAUGCAAGACUAGACUUGCAAGUUCAGAAGCUGAGCAUUUUCAGAGAUGUUUGAUAUUCGUUUGUUAAUGUUUUUCAUUGUUUUAUUUGUUCCUCAAUAGCAUUUGCUUUCAUGCAUGCCCACAGUUCAUACUAUUUCAAUUUUAACCACCACGUUUGCAACAAGAAAGGGAGGAAAUUGAUCUGGUUCUGUAAUUACAAUUUUUGGUUCUCUGGUUCUUGUUAAGUUAGGAAUCAAAAAAUUAGGUAAAGUACUGAGUUGUGGUUGAUAUAUUAUUGCAUUUGUUCA